AUGGCGCUCCUCUGCGCCGUUUGCUUUGCAGCAGUCUCAACUAUGCCCAAAACCGACGUAAUGCGACAAUUUUUCUACGCCAAGUCAAUUUUACUUCGCCAUUUCAUGCAAGAGAUGGACAAUAGAUUCAUGAGAGCACAGUUAAUAUUACGCCCAAGCACCCUAACUCUCACGGCGCUUGUCAUCUAUUUGUCGGCGUUGCGUACCCACGACGCUACCCGGACUGUUUGGAUACUUACCGGUCUUGCCAAGCGCAUUGCUGAAUCGCUCGGCAUACAUGAAGAUGGCGCUCGCCUUCGGCUGAGCCCAUUUGAUACUGAAAUGAGGCGGCGUCUUUGGUGGCAUUUGACCGCGCUUGAAGCAUCUGCUCCAGAAAACCACGGUUUCAACGCGGCUUCCACGGUCAGCGAAAACAAAUUCCCACUGCCUAAUAACAUUAAUGACGAUGACAUUGGCCCUCAAAUGAAGGAGCCGAGGGUAAAAAACGAGGUGUGGACUGAGACAUCCUUUUCUAUCCUGAACCUGGACCUCUCUCGCCGGUUAAGAUCCGCCGUGACAAAUAGCAACGACGACUUCAAUGCGCAAGUGAACAUAAUUGAAGAAACUGAUCAUGUAAUGAGCCAGCAAUUACUGCGAUUUGCAGAUAUGACCAAACCGAUAUGUCGGGCUGCUGAUGCUUUGCUCCGGAUAUCAGUUCUGAAGGCCCACUUUAUUUCGACUUUACAGAAGUGGCUCUCAACUGGGACCAGAACAGAGUCCCAAUACAGUCACCUCCCACAGUCAAUUUUUUCAACUGCAGUGAAAUUACUAGAAGACGGGUACCUCCUCCAAUCAGGAAAUCUUUUCUCCGACUUCGCCUGGUUCUAUCAACAACAUCCUCAGCUGUACGCAUUGUUUCUUGUACUACGCACGCUCCAUGCCUCCCCUGAGAGGGCAGAGGUAGACAGGGCUUGGCUUGCCGUGGACAACUAUUUCACUUGCCUCGCCGAUUUUGAAGAGGCCGCUGAGUUGAAGGGUAGGACGAGCUGUGUGUGGACUGUCCUGAAUCCUUUGAGAAACAAAGCCAGAGAGUCCCGUAGCGUAAUUGGCCACACAAAGCAAGGCUUGCCUCAUGCCGAAUUUUUAUCCUCGAAUACCGACCUAGAUUCGACGAAUUCGAUCUCGCAAAAUCCCGACCCCACUUCCUCUGUCUCAACAUUUGAGUCCGGCGUGCAUUUACCGUUCACUCGAACAAAUCAGCUUGGUUUGGAACAUUCGGCUUUCGAUGAUGUUCUCGCUUGGCAGGACUUUACUGAUUGGUUCAAUAUGGAUGUCGGAGGAUUCUGA